AUACCUAUCGUAUAUUGUAGAAAAUUAGUAUCCAUAAAUCAUGUUCGUUAAUUUUCAUCAAUGUCGAUAGAUUAAGUUGAAAAGCCUGUAGAAGAAAUGUCAUUCAAAUUAACAUAUAAACGCGCAAACCGAACAAAACCUAACAAAUGUUGAAACCUCACAGAGAACUGUCAUCUCUUAUUACGUUUUCCACAUUCAUUUUUUUCCGUCGCAAGCAAAGUCAUCUCAACAAACAAAAACACAUGAAAAAAAGUUAAACGUAAAUUACAACACGUAGUGCUAUUAAGACAGUACCGAUAAAAUCGCCAUUUAGUUUUGUUUAAAUCGUGUAAUUUUGUUGAAUGUCUUAGAGUUAUAAGCUUAAAAAGAGAAAUUUGCAUUGAAUUAUUAUUUAUUCAAGUAAAAUUAUCGAAAAAAAUGGAGGAACUCUUAAAUGAAACAGUUUCACAAGCAGAAUUACAGAAAUUCGAAAAGAAUUACAAACGAGAGGUUGAAGAAAAGGGUACCCAAGUAGCCGUUCAAACACAAUUCGAAUAUGCAUAUUGUUUGGUUCGUAGCGAGUAUCCAGCAGAUAUCAAAAAGGGGAUUUUCAUGUUAGAAGACUUGGCACAGAAGCACUCGGAAGGCAAUCGUGAUUAUAUUUAUUACUUAGCCAUUGGAAAUGCCAGAAUUAAACACUAUUCCGUAGCAUUGAAAUUCUGUAAGGCUUUUCUACAAAUCGAACCAAAUAACCAACAGGCAAUCACAUUGGAGGAGCAUAUACGAAAAAAGAUGGAAAAAGAGACGAUGGCCGGUGUGGCUGUUGCUGGUGGCGCAGCCUUGGUUUUGGGAGGCUUGGUUGGUCUGGGACUCGCACUUGCAUCGAGAAAUAAAAGCAAAGACAAACAUUAAUCUGAAAUAUAUUAUAUAUAUGAUGUCUGCAAACCAAACGCACAUGACCAAAUUCCAUUUUCAAAAAUUUUGAAUUCCGGUUGUUCUCCCGAAAAUAUGUUGUAAUUGUUUUUAUCUCUUUGUUUUUUUUUUUGUUCACGGCUGGAAGGAUACUGAAUAAUUUUUAUUUGUUAUGUUAAGCCUAAUUUAGUAGCCUCUUUUUAUGCAUAUGGUGUUUUGAGAAGAAAAAAAAAGUAUUCUUGUUGAAAUGUGAAAAAUUGAAUAAAAGUUACCUCUAUU